AUUAACCCCACGCGCCUACGGUCCAUCUGUGUUUAUGCAUCAACAGAGAGCGCGUGGGGGGUUAAAGAAACAAAUCCGUCUUCGUGUUAACGACUCUAAACGUCCUGCUCGCGCGCUGUCUGAAUGUCUGUCGGGUUGUUCCCCGGCACGCGACUCCACACAGUCCAAUUCAAGUGCGCGAGCACACUCUCCCGGCUCUCUUUCUCUCGCGCCUGCUCGCGCGCAGGGCAGUGAGAAGCGCAAUGAUUUAGCGGCUUUUGAUUCAUUUUUCUCACAUUUAGCAUCGCAGCUGUGUGAUGCUACAUGUCGUUUUUGAUCUAUUUUUAUGUUUUACUCACUGGAUUCAGCGACUUUUUGCACUUUUGAUGAGCCUUUUUUUAACCAACUGCAUGUUUUGAAUGUCUCGGUUUUUUAUUUUAUUUUACGCACUGUGUAAGUUUGCACGGGUACCGGUUCCCUGCCGAAAUCCGAGAUAUUUGGAGCGAGCUGCUUGACUAACCCGGGCCGUGCUAGUGUUAGUGUCCCGGGUUAAAACCGCAGGAUGUUGACCAUAGUUCUCCUGUCUUGCUUCUGUUUGUGGACACGGGGCCAGCGCUUGGACCACGACAGCUGGGCGGACCAGGCCACGUUGUCCCGUGGACUCUGUCGCUAUGGAAACAGCGUGGAGUGCUGCUGGGGCUGGAAACAGUUGGACUGGGGGCGAUGUGAACCUCACUGCCAGCAGGGCUGUAAACAUGGAGAGUGUGUGAGACCAGACCAGUGCAAAUGUCACCCAGGAUACACGGGAAAGGCGUGUAACCAAGAUCUGAACGAGUGUGGCGUGAAGCCUCGGCCCUGCAAACACCGCUGCAUGAACACGCCAGGCAGCUACAAGUGUUACUGCGUGGACGGGUACGCGCUGCAGCCGGACGGCAGCUGCAGGAGUGAGUUACUCAUCGAGCGUUCGAUUCCCUUUCGCAGAAGUAUUUAUGCACGUGUUCAGUGUGAGCUAUAA